GCACAAGUUAACCCCAUCCAUUUAUGGCGAGAAUUGAUUGAGACGGAUCCGAGUUUCGUUGAGAUGGGCCGACCCGACCCAUUCUUUCUUCCUCACCUUCUAAUUUACAAUAUUUAUUUAAAAGCAUAAAAACUAGAUUGAGAGCGCGAGUUUACGCUAAACCCUAAACCUCACAGCACACAGAGGUUCGCUUUCGGUCAGUUUCUCCGCCGUCGCAGUAGCACUCACAGCUUCGCUAGGUUAAAUGGCAAUGCCUGUUAAUGAUGAUACACUGGUUGAGGCUGAAACUGAAGAUCAGAGUGAAGAAAUGUCAUCAUCUGAAUCAGAGCAGGAUGAAGAUGUGAAAUUAACUGAACCAUCUAAAAAUGCAGUGUAUAACAGAGAUGCUCUACUAGAUAAACUUGGAGACAUCAGUUGGCCAGAGAAUGUGGAAUGGAUACACAAACUCUCUGUUGAUGUUGAUCAAGAGCAAGAAGUAGAUGUCAAUGAUGACUUGGCACGAGAACUUGCGUUUUACACACAGGCAUUGGAGGGAACUAAGGAGGCCUUUGAGAAAUUUCAGUCAAUGGGUCUCCCUUUCCUGAGACCUGCAGACUAUUAUGCAGAAAUGGUAAAGACAGAUGGCCACAUGGUAAAGGUGAAAGGUCGGCUAUUAGCAGAGAAGCGAAAGAUGGAAGAGGCUGACGAGAGAAGAAAGGCUAGGGAGGCCAAGAGAUUGGCCAAAGAGAUUCAGGCUCAGAAAUUAAAAGAAAGGGCUAAGCAGAAAAAGGAGGACAUUGAAUCUGUUAAGAAAUGGAGGAAGCAGCGGCAACAAAGUGGGUAUGCUGACAAUGGCAAAGAUGCAGAUAUGGGUUUUGACUUUGAGGAUGGAAAAGUAUUUGAGAGGUCAAAUAAGAAAAGGCCAGGGGUGUCUCCAGGGGAUCGUUCAGGAGGGAAGGCAAAGCUAGCCUUUGGUAAAGGAAAGAAACAGAAGAAAAGAGAUGGUAAGAAUUCCAAAUUUGGUUUUGGAGGCAAGAAGGGAAUGAAAAAGCAGAAUACUGCUGACACCACCGAUGAUUUUGGUAAAUUUAACAAGGGUGCUGUUUCUGGAAACAAGAGAAAGAGGUAAAAUGCAAUCUUCUUUGAUCUGUUUUGAGGACGUGAUGUCAUGGAAGAGCCUAAGGAUGUAUCUUAGGAAUUUUCAUAUACUUUUUUAAUUUUAUUAUUUGGAUGGAUUUAUGGUAACUUCAUAAGCUUUAUCGACAAUUAUAAAUUCUUAAAUAUCUACUCCAAUCUUCGUCGUUUUGCUAUAUGAUUAGUUGCUUUAUGUUGUC